CAGCCCUUCACCCUCUCCCCCGACAUCAUCCCUAUCUCUGCUUCAGAGGCCUUUUUCUUCUCUGCCUUUACCACGCCGCCCACCUUCUCCCCUCCUGGCUUCUUGGUCCUGUCCUCUUCUGCUUCGCGGCUCUCUGGCUUCUGGCACCCCGCGCGGCUGCGUUUCCACUCCAGGUGCGCGGCUCCCUGUCCUGCCCAGGGGCUCACGCGCGCCCCGCGCCCCGCUGUGCGCUUGCGCUCUGCAGCCGCGGGAGCAGGGCGCGCAGAAUCCGGAGGAACUUUUGAGGCUGCGGGGCCGUCGCUGGGAUCCAGGCUCCCGGGCCAACUCCGCGUGGGGCUGGGACGGGUGGCUGCACUCGCCCGCCGGCUGCACUGCUGCCCGUGGUAGCGUCGCCGCGAUGGGCUGCUCCAGCAGCGCCCUCAACAAGGCCGGCGACAGCGGCAGGCUCCGCAGCGGUGAGCAGAGGACCCAACCCCACCCCCUCCCGGGCCUCGGGAUUCAGGUCGGCUCGCUCUCCCGGGGGCCGAAAGCCGCAGAAGAAAGUGAGUCCUGCCUUGCCCAACCCAAACCAUGUACACUGGGAAGAGAAUCUACUAUUUAUGGCAAGGGACAAAAGGAAAGCCUUCCUCCAUUGGAGAAGCUCAAGAUUUCAGCGGUGUCUACAGCUAAUGGCGUUAAAUCUCUCCAUGAACAGCCCCUGGCAAAUGAUGCAGCAGGCCCUCCAGGAUCCAUGGAGGAGACUCAGCCUCUAGAGGGACCCAAGGAGUCUGGGCCGCCUCUGCCAGGUGGCCAAGAUGAUACUCCAGGAGCAGAAGAAAAGAAGGAAGACAUGGAAGCAGCGACAGAGGCUCAGCCUUCAGAAGGAACUGCUGAGACCAAACCUUUAGAAACAGAAGGCAAGCAUCAGCCUUCAAGGACAGCAGGAGAGAGGGACUGUCCUGGAGUAGUGGGAGGUACUGAGAAUCCACAAACGGCCAGAGAGAUGAAACCUCAAGGAAUAGCUGAAACCACCCCCUCUCUGGAAGCAGGUGGAGAACCACAACCUCAAGAAGCAAUGGGAAAGGAUAAACAGCCCCACCUCCUAGAAACAGUUCCCAAGGAGCCUGAAUCUCUAGAAAUAUUGGAAGGAAGUCAGCUUGUGGAAACAGCAGAAGAGCAGCAACUUCAAGAAACACUGGGAAGAGACAAGCAGUCCCAGCUUCUAGAAGCAAUUCCCCAAGAGAAUGGAUCUCCAGAAAUAUCGGAAAGAAGUCAGUUUGUGGAGACAGUGGAAGAGCAGCAUCUUCGAGAAACAAUUCCCAAAGAGAACAGAUCUCCAGAAACAUCAGAAGGAAGUCAGCUUGUGGAAACAGCUGAAAAGAAUGAUUUGACUCAUAAAAUUUCUGAAGGUCUAGGAAACAUGGAACAAAUCCAACCUGAAGGUAUAGUCGGAAUCAUGAAGCAUCCAACAGGAACUCUAAAAACAGGGACGAAUGUGGAAAUGGUUAGGAAGAUUCACACCAACAAAGAGGACCAAAACAUCGAAGGUGAGACAGGAGAAAAGGUUGAAACAAAGAUGGAGGAUGAGAAAAUAAAUGAAGAGGCUGAAACAAAAGAAGAAGAAACAGGAGAAGCUGUGGAUCUUUCGGCAACCACAUAGAUAGCUAUGGUGAUGGAACAGUGAAUCUUCUCUAACACGGCGCGUUACAACAGAGAAGACAGGAAAAUGUAGUGAAGCUUGUGGUUAGAGAUCUUAUCUUUCAGCAUCUACAUGUUUUAUACAAGGAGCGUCGUUAUCAUGUUCUUGAUUACAUUGUUCCAUAAAACUGCUAAGCUGUAAAUAGUUUUCUUAGCUACGUAGAAUAGUUAUACAUUUAAAACUACAAUAGCCAGAGCCAAUAAUAACUAAAGUAUAUGAUCUUUUAAGAGUGUAAGGGUGUUUUCUUCAUUGUGGCAAUGGGUCCAUUCAGUAUAGAAAAUGAGACCCUAAAAUUAAAAUAUAAACCUUUAGGGAUAGUGAUUGGAGGUAGGAGUUAGCAAAUCUUUGAAAGUUCAGGAUAAUAAAGUGACACAGUUAUAGUUACAGUGGAAUAAGAAUAAGAAUGAACAACAAAACAGGGCAAUCUCUAUUUAGUAUGUCUUUCCUAGCACAGAAUUUAAAGGUAGUAGAAACCUUAGAAAGUAUGUCAUCUAAUUACUUUCUCAUCUUAAGUCUAUCUACUACCAUAGAGCCUUGCUUAUCAUGGGAUGUUAAAUGUUAACAUUUAAUGUUAACAAAAUCCUUGUCAAAGGAAUGCAGACUCUGGUGCUGUUGCAAGAUUAGGCAUUUUCACAAUGAAAAGCUUCAUGUUUUCCAUGUGCCAUUUUGAAUCAGCUAUUGAUUUUACACUUAUGUGAAGUGUUUCAAUCGGUAUUAUCGUUUUGAUUGACAUUUAAGGUUUUUUAAAUUAAUUGGAUUUUAAAUAUAUUUUUAGAGGCAACAAACAGCAAGAAUUAAAACCCAGGUUUGUUGCCUCUCGGGCGUUAUUCUUUGGGCCCAAAUCUUUUUUAGAUUAUUGUGAUUUAAUAGGCUUUAGGGUUCGAAAGGAGCUAAGAAAUCAAGAUUUAAAAACCAUCUAGUUCAUUAAUGUAAAUGAUGCACCAUAAUAGAAAGUCAUUUUUCAAGCAUUCUUCCAAAGUUGCCAAGGGAUUUUAGUAAAUAAUUAUCUGUAAAUAAUAAUGAUAGCAACCUCACCCACCAUUGAGUGCCUUGUGUUUAUGAAUAUUAGGAUAGAAUUAUAUUCUGGAAAUAUUUGGUUUAUUUAUCUUAUUUGUAAAUACAUAUUUUUAAGAUUAUCGCUCAGAUGAAUUAAUUGGACUCUUUUGCUUUAGCUUCUAUGUUAAAAUGACUAAUAAGAUGAUCUGCAAUUAAUUUUAAUAUAGGAUACAGGGAAGAAUCAUCAUUUUUAUUCUAAUUUUAAUAUUAGUUUAUGCUUCUGACUUUAAAGAAUUGAGGUAGACAACAAGAGGAGUUACUUGAGUAAAUGACAUCAUUCUUUCUGCUACGUAAAGAUGUCAGAUGGUGAUUUUGAGAGCAAGGACUAUUUCAUGUAUCUUUGAAUUCAGGCAUUUAGCUCCUUUAAUAGACCAUAAGAGGUGCUUGAUAAAUAUUUGUUGAAUCAAUAAAUCAAUAAUAAAUACCAAGGGUUCCUAUUUACAUUUAAUUAAUUAAUACAGAAUAUAUUUAAAAUAUGAAUUUGUGUAAUACUAACAUUUUCCUGCCAAGGCUGCUCAAGCUCAGUAACAAGCUACACAUAUUUGGUAUAGUUCCAAAAGCAGCAAUAUUUUUGGGUCAGAAAGUUAUAUAAAUCCAGCCACAUUUUAUAAUCCAUAGGUGUUUUUCUUGACAAAAAUAUAUUUUUAUACAGAUAUCUAGUAAGUAGGAAAUGUCAGAGCUGAGUGUAAAAUAUGAAUGAUCACCUUAAAAAGUGGAAUUAUACUCUUAUCAAGUACCAAAAUAGUAAGACUCAUUUAUGUAAUAGGCAUAAAAGUACAUUCUCUGUUGUGGGGAUUUCUUUUUCAAUAUCUAGCAUAUGUUAAAGAGAUCUAUUCAGAACUCAUUCUUGAAAGACCUCUUUCUCAAAAAUAUUGUUAUAUAGCUGUAAAAGUUUUCAAAUUUUUUAUUAAUCCCAUUUUUAUUUUCCAUUAAUGACUAAACUCGUUCUCAGAAGAUUUUGGAAAUUUAUAAAUUUCUAGCACUUUUAUACUUUUGGCCUUUAAUAUGGUUACUAAGACCUUUUAAGAAACUUUUCUCUUUCUUAUAGAUAAUACUGUUUUUUAUUCAACACCUAUAAAGUUAAAAUGUUGUGUCAUAUCUGAAUAUUACAAAAUUGAAAUAUUCCAUCUAAAUAAUGUUAAUUUUUAAAAACAAAAUUAAAGUAAUAUGUCUGUAGUAAAACUCAAAUAAUACAGGAAGGUGUAAAAUAGGCAGUGAAAUUCUGCUUCCCAUAUCCUUUAGUCCUUCUAUAAAAAGAUAAUAAAGUUUCUUGUGGAUAUUUCCACAAGAAGGUAAUGUAUAUGCCAGGCUAUAUAUAUAUGCUAAAACAUAAGUGUAUAUUUACAGGUCCACAUUUUAAACCACAAAUAAUAGUUUAUAUAGUCCUUGCAUUGUGAAAAGUGCAUGUAAAACUCAUAUAUCUUAAUCUAUGUUAGAUUAAGACUGAUGGUAUAGCAAAGUGCAUUUUGUCACUAAGUCCCUGACUCUGAGAAGAGGUCAUCAGUUUUGCCCCAGAAUGAAAAUGCACAAGUGGGAGAUAAGGCUUGAGCUGUUUAUAAUGAAUUAAUAGAAAAACUACUAUCAGAACUGGAUUUUUUAAUCCUGGGGUGCCAUAUAGCCACUUAUGUCUAACUGUGGGGAAAUGGUGAACAAAUGAUUCGCCAAGCGAGCAUCCCCAGUAGGGAGAGAGCAUUUGCAUUUACCAGUAGAGAGUGCCAGUUGCAAAUCUAGGAAAUUCUCAGUCCAGACUCCAAAACUCUUGGCCAGAAUUGCACUGUAUCUACCCACGGGAUAGGAAUGUGUGGUCAACCUGUGACCUUCUUGCUUUUUCCAUUUAGACUUUGGAGUAAGAACACCUAGCAUAGCUAUUAGCCUUUAAGUAGUCAAAACACCCACA